AUUAAAGCAAAACAAACGGCGCAAAACAAAAACAUCGUCUGGCAAGCUAGACGAAAUUGUCGAUCCAUCUUUUUCCAACAAGAAAAAUCUUCAAAAAAAAGUGCCAUAAAUUAUGGAGAUCGAGGCCCAAUUACGGGGAUCCACCGCUGCAGUGGAAUUCCGUAAUGAUGUCCCCAACGAUAAUCCGGAAUCCUAUUGCCGCCUGUGUUUUUCCGACCAGAACAUUGUCAAUCUGUUUCCUCCCGAUGGCAGCUACAUCCGCGAACUGACGGACAAAAUUCGUCGCUGUGCGGGAGUGAAAAUUUCGCUACGCGAAGACUAUCCAGCUGGAAUCUGCAGUAUGUGUGUGACAUUUCUGGACGAGAUUCACCAGUUUCAAAAGCGAAGUAAACAUUGCGACAGCAUAAUCAAGACGAAGCGAAACCUAUUGGCGGAGAUUAAGGUGAAGGUGGAGAUGGGCGAAGAUGAUGGUUCUGUUGGAAAUACUGCGCGUGAUGUUGUCGAAACGAGGGCACCAGUUCACGAGGAACCGGACGAAUAUGCCGGUGAUGAUUGUCUCACCGAAAGCAGUAUUAUAGCAGAUGCCAUAACCAGUUUGAACGGUCUUGGGGAGCUGAUGGGCUCAUUUCAAGGAGCGAUCGAGCAACAGCAGCAGCAGUCUUUUCCGAAGAUCGAACCACCUAAUGCCGCCAAUGCAAGCAAGGAACAUCGGUGUAUGGUUUGUGGGCGAGCUUUCCUCGAUCGAGAGUCCUGGAAAAUUCAUUUGGAUGUCCAUGCCGGGGAACGUCCAUACCAGUGUCUCGAGUGUUUGGCUCAGUUUAGGGAAAAGCGUUCACUAUCUAGACACUUGAAGGCUGUUCACGAGGAAAUACGGGACCGUAAAUGUCCCCACUGCCCGAAAUCAUUCAAAUACAGCCAUCAUCUAAGGUACCACAUAAGGACGCAUACGGGAGAAAGACCCUACGUGUGUGUUAUCUGCGGCGAUAGCUUCUCCCAACACAUCCAGUGGAAGCGACAUCAGGUGAAGCAUCAGCAGCGACAAAACCAAAUCCAGCUAACGCAAAUGGGCAUCGUUAAUGAGGACUCAUCGAUCAAAUGUGAGUUCUGUCCAAGAGUAUUCUCGCGUCUACAGGACUACAGGAGGCAUGCCCCAAGCCACAAUGCGGAGAAUUUGAAUCUCGACAGCUUAGCAGAGCACCAGUUAGCUACACUGCAGACACUACAUCACCGUUAGAGACAAGACCGAUGUCGGGUAGUACAAUUUGCGCUUACCAACACUGUUGGUACGCACACACACUGCAAUGAAUAAA